AAAACAGAACCGUUUUUUUAUAGUUUUUUAUUACAACAAACUAUUUUCGUAAUUCCCCGGAGCGCCGUACUUUUAAAAUAAUCUAAUGAUAAGUGAAAAAACCGACAAUUAUUGCGAGCGAAUUAUUAUAAAACGUUACUAAUAUUAAAUUCGAACUUACUGUACAAAACUCAGUGCAAAAAGAUUAACAACAACAAAAUGAGUUUAGACGACGGAAACACGGACGAAUACGUCGUCACGGCCCUUCAGAUUUUUCAGUAUUGUGGAGUAGAAGCCGGCAGUACUUUACGCGUUGAUGCUUUGAUGGACCAGUUUGCGCCUUUCGUGAAAACAAACAAGGCAGAGUACAGCUAUCUCAGAUCUCUGCUGGACCCAGAGCAGAGCAAUCCGGAGAUAACAGUGUCUAUGCUAGCCAACAGCCUCAACAAGUACAGUGAGAGUCAGAAGGUCAAGGUUGACUUGGAGGAGAGUUUUAAUCUGAAGAAUGGCCAGUUGCCACAUGACUCAGAUUCAGGCAUAUCUACUGAUGGUUUCCAGCUGCUAGAAGAGCUGCAAUGCGAGUUGCGCGAGAAGUCCCGUUUAGCUCAGCAAUUGCGAACUCAGCUAGACUAUACCGACCGUCAUCACGAGGAAGCAUUGGCCACAGUGACUGCUGAGAGAGACUCGCUGCGGGCUCAUCUCAAUAUGUUGCGUGACGAAAACAUGACGUUGACACACGUAAGACGCGACUACGAAGACGUGUGCGAAAGCCUUGGCUGCAGUGAAAAAGCUCUUGACGAGUCGAGGAGAGAAUUGGAGUGUACUCGACGACGGACCAAAGUGCUCACAGAACAAGUUGCAUUAUUGGAGAAUGAGAAACUGAACCUCCAAGAGCUGCUCGCAACGUCUAAGGACGAAUGCCACCGCAUCAACGACAUGUACGCUAGCCGGCAGUCCUCCUUGCUGGAGAAGAACGAGACACUUCGCGCGGAGCACGCGGACCUCUCCUCUAGGAUGAGGUACCAGGAGGAGUAUAUGCAACAGCUCAUCAAGGAAAAGGUGGUUCUAGAAAUGGAAGUAAAGGACAUGCUGAACAAGUCCAACCUGCCUGUACAUCAUAUGGAGCGCUCUAUCGACGUUAGCUACACUGAAGACCAAAUGCUCACAGCGCUGGACAGUCUUAAUGCUGACAGCAGAUUCCCGCAAGACGGCCGCCUGCUAGAUGAGGAAUCGUUCGUAAACGCUCUAAAAGAAGACCAAGGCAUACCCACGAACAUGUCCCUAUUCGACGAAAUACGUCUGAGUUUUUGCAACAUGUCCAGACAUAAUACAACAGAUCUUAAUUUCACACAACCAAUAGAAAAACCUGUUCUUGACGAUUUUAUAACUUCUUCCACCCAAACAGACGAUAAACUUUAUUACUUAAAUGAAAAUGAGAUUUUCAAAAACUGCAGAUGUAAAAUAAUUUCUGAUGACGCUUUAAAUGUUUCCACACAAACAGAUGAAAAUAUUACAGGAAAUGAGGGUAAUUUAAUAUUAGAUACAAAAUUUUGUCUAAACAAUAAUAGGCAUAAUAAUAAUUUUAAAUUAGUUACACCAAUACUCGAAAACAAUAAAAAAUCGAAAGAUAAUGUUAUAUUGGAUGCACAGAUUAACGAAUACAAUAUCGGAGCUAAAGGUACGUUAAUAUUCUCAACAGAAAUUAAUAAAAAUAAUAUAAGAAGGCAAGAUAAUGUAAUAUUAUUUGAUACAAAAAAACAUAAUUUCAGAAAUAGAAGUAAUGAUAAUUUUAUGUUAGAUACAAAGAUUAAUCAAAAUCAUAAUACAGAUCCGCAGACAAAUGACGAUAUCAUUAAAGAAAAAGAAAAAUGUUUUGGUAAAUUUUUUGAAAAUCGUAAGCAACUAAGAUCGCUCUCAGCACCAAACGUAGGUAUUCUUAAAAAGGGACCUAAUCGUUUAAGGCUUAAAGAUGAUAAUCGCAAACUAGAAACAAAGGAUGAAGCGACAAAUACUUCUUUUCAUGUAUUCGAAGUUUUCAAAGAUAUAGAAGUAAUGAAUUAUGGAACACAGACCGAAGAAAAUAAGUUUGAACAUACUGCCAAUAACAAUGACGUUCAGGUUUGCUUUGAGUGCACCAAAUGUUUUGAAUGUGAGAGAACGAAAAAAUACGUGACCAAAUUGGAAAAAGACAUUCGCUGUUCAAAUUUGACCAUAACUGAAAUGGAGGUGAAACUGGAUCAAUACGACAAAAAUCUUAACAAUUUAAAGAGAUAUGUAGAUGAAGGUGACGAAAAGAAUAAUUUCUUGAAAGCCGCUGCGGAUAGUCUGAAGGCCAAGCUGGUUUUACUAGAAGGUGCAUGUGCGAAUCAAGGGAAUAAAAUCGACCGGCUGUUUUGUGAUACUUGCUGCGCUGAAAUUCAAACUGAAAGUGAACAAUCAACAGUAUCAACUCAAGUGGAAAUUCCGUGUGCAGACUGCGUGAAACGAAACACUCCGCACCGCAGCAUCAGGAGGUACUUGUGGGAGCCGCUAAAGAGUCUAUUCCAGUUAUUCGCAGUGCUUUGCUUUAUGCUCGCGCUAUGGCUGCUGUACGGAGUGACGCGUCGCUGGCGCGCGUGUCGCGACCCUCUGCCUUGGAGCUGGCUACAGCCCACAGACCUCCUCGACCUGUUCCUCACCAUCGAGUAUGUCUCUGAUGUACCAAUGUGACUAUAGUGAACUCAAGCCAGUGAACAAAGUGAUGUGCUAGUGAUAAACCAGUGUAAUUGUGUCCUAAAGUGGCCAUUAAAAGAUAAUUAAUUUAAUUGGGUAGUCGAAUAAAAAUAAUCCAACCCCUUUACAAAUAAAUGUGACAUAACAUUGUGAUGAUGAAGUGUGACAAAAACUGCAAAACAAUUGCAACAUCAUGCCACUAGUACGACUCUAAAUAUUUCAAAACUAUGGUCCAUUGACUAUAACUUGUUGCCUAUCUUAUAUAAGCUAUAUAAUAUAUAAGGACAAGUUUUAGUUAAUGUACUCUAUCUCAAUGCGUGUUGGAUCCAUUUCCUUUACCUAAGUCUAGUUCAGGAUCAAUAAUCACAUUACCACAAUCAAUCAUAAUAUUGAUGGUUUAAUGGUUGCCAAACAUUUCAUCUGCUGUUGAUUUUGUUAUGUCAAAGGUAAAGGGUUCACCAAUAUCCUUUUUUUUUUGUUACGACUCCAAAAUCUGUUAUUCUCAUGUAGUUAUGAAUGAAAAAUGAUUUUGCAUUGUUAUAAUUAGUAUAUGUGUAAAUAGUUCCAAACUCCACUUGUUGAACUUUUGUCAUCUUGCUUCCUUAAGAUAAACAAAUUUUUGUUAUUCCUGUUUGUUAUACUAAGGUGUGUAACCCCUACCUUCUUCUUUAGAUCUGGUUGCAGCUAACAAACCAUUUUAUAAUCUUCCUUGUUUCCAUCGUUAGAACCGAAAGUUGUAAUGAAAAAACCAAUGUUUUUUGUUUGUUGCUUUACUCUUUGUUAGUCAGAGAAAAGUAGAAAGUUUUAAAGAAGGAAAGCUACCCCAUUUCACCCCCUAGGAAUGUAUUUCUGAAAAUAGUGGUUUAAUCUUGUAAUUUGCACAACUUUUCUCCAAACAUCUUCACUGUUUCAAUAUAUAUCACAUUUAAUGAUGUCACAUCUAUGUGUUGUAUUGUAAUAUUGUAGAAAAAAUAUAUUUUGUAAAAGAAACAAAACAAUUCAGUUAAGCUAAUAAUGAACCAAAGUUUACCAAGAAACUUUAAAGCUCGCCACUCUGAAUUGGAGUAGCAUGGUGGGUUAAUGCGUUCUGCUAUAAGGGUUACGAAGGAAAUGGAUCAUUAUCAGGCUGAUGAUGAUGACAAAAAGUUCGCGUAUUCUACGUUCGCGCUGGUUUUAACUUGACUUGUUUUGUUAGUUUGGGUUGAUAACUUUUUUGUUGUCGGAGUUCACACUCCGGAGCAAGCCUCAGUGUUCUUUUCGCGAAACCUUCCAAGGACUAUAGCUCCGUGGUCAAAGAUAAAAUAAUAUGUCAAUUUGCUUUUGAUUUUAUUUUGUUUCAAUAUAAUUUGUUGUAAUGUGUUUUCUUAUCUCAUCAAACACAAGAUUUUGAAUUUUAA